AUGGCACCAGGGGCAUUGAUCGUCACAACCGACACAGGCAGAACAACGCCACUAUACGACUCUGACAGCUCGUACUCUGCACAUUCAGUACAAGCUCCCAGUCGGCAAGUUGAAUACAGAGGCUAUGAUCACGUUACCUGGUGGGUUGGCAAUGCGAAGCAAGUUGCACAGUAUUACACAACACGACUAGGCUUCGAGCCUGUAGCGCACAGAGGUCUGGAAACUGGAUCCCGAUUCAUUGCGAGUCACGUCGUACAGAACAACGGUGUCCGUUUCGUCUUCACAUCCCCUAUCCGAUCGUCAACUCGGCAGACCCUCAAAGAAGCUCCACCACAAGAGCAAGGACUCCUGAACCAGAUUUACGACCACCUGGACAAACAUGGCGAUGGUGUGAAAGAUGUAGCGUUCGAGGUCGAUGAUGUUCACGCCGUCUACGAAAACGCCAUGAACAAUGGCGCCGAAUCAGUCCUCCCUCCCCAUCUUGACUCCUCAGACGACGGUGAUGUCCUUUCCGCAUCAAUACGAACCUACGGGGACACAACACACACCUUCAUCACCCGCACAACUUACACUGGCGCCUUCCUUCCCGGCUACCGCGCCUCCACAAUAAAAGACCCCGUCAACGCAUACCUCCCACCAAUCAACCUCGAAGCCAUCGACCACUGCGUCGGCAACCAAGACUGGGACGAAAUGGACGAAGCCUGCUCCUUCUACGAACGCUGUCUCGGCUUUCACCGUUUCUGGAGCGUGGACGACAAGGACAUCUGCACAGAUUUCUCCGCUCUCAAAUCAGUAGUAAUGUCCUCUGCCAACGACGUCGUCAAGAUGCCCAUCAACGAGCCCGCCACGGGUAAGAAGAAAUCGCAAAUUGAGGAAUACGUUGACUUUUACAAUGGCCCUGGCGUUCAGCAUAUUGCGCUGCGAACACCGAACAUUAUCGAGGCUGUUACGAAUCUCAAAGCAAGAGGCGUGGAGUUCAUAUCAGUGCCGGAGACGUAUUAUGAGAGUAUGAGGAUGAGGCUGAAGCAGGCGGGUGGGAAGCUGAAUGAGUCCUUUGAGACAAUCCAGAGAUUGAAUAUUCUGAUUGAUUUCGACGAAGGAGGGUAUUUGCUUCAGCUGUUCACGAAGCCGUUGAUGGACCGGCCGACGGUUUUCCUGGAGAUCAUUCAGAGGAACAAUUUUGAUGGGUUUGGAGCCGGGAACUUCAAGAGUUUGUUUGAGGCGAUUGAGAGGGAGCAGGAGUUGAGGGGGAAUUUGUAG